AUGGCGGACCAACUGAGUGGUGGAAUGGGGAAGCUGAGUGUUGCCUCUGUGGCACUGCCGGAAAAGAGAGCCCCAGGGAGCAUUGGAACGAAGUUGGACUUUGUCACGAACUUGACUAGCAUUAAAUUGAAGCCGAAUGUGCCGUAUUAUAAAUACGAUGUGCGCAUGUACAUCGUGUACAAAGGGAACGAUGGGAGAGAGGUGCUAAAGGAACUUACGAAGCAAACAAAGGACGACUUCCCGGAGCAAGAGAGAAAGAUGUCCGCGGUGGCUGUGUACAAGCACCUCGUCAAGUCGUACAAAGACAUUUUCCCUCAAGAUGGACAGUUCUUUUAUGAUAGAGCUGCUGUGCUUUUCUCAGCUCAGAAGGAAAUGAAACUCGGAGGACCGGAAAAAAUAAUCACAUUGCCGGCUAACCUUGCUCCAGCAGCGGGAAGCGAUGCUACCGGUAUUCGCGUUGUUAUCAAAAAGGUCACUGAUGGCUAUCAGGUGACAUCGAACGACCUAAUGAAAGCUGUAAAUGUCCGCGACUGCGAGCGGGAUAAAGGAAUUCUCGAGGUGUUGAACCUCGCUGUUUCACAAAAAGGCUAUAUGGAAACAUCGCAAUUUGUGACGUAUGGCACUGGUGUGCACUACCUUUACGACCAUCGCGCUCUGGGAUUCAGGGACAAUGAGCUACCUGAUCUUAUGGAUGGAAAGUACAUGGGGAUCGGCUUGACGAAAGCAGUGAAGGUCCUUGAAGGGGAUCAAGGGAAAUCCGCAAGUGCUUUCGUUGUAACGGACGUGACAAAGGGCGCAUUCCAUAUUGACGAGCAGAAUUUACUGGAGAAGAUUUCGCGAAUGUCCAUAUUCUUUGAUCCACGUACUGGUCUGUAUGUUAGAACAACGUGUAGUAGAAAGAGGACUUUCCCUAUUGGAAAUCUUGCUGCUGCAGCUAAUGCAUUGAAGCUCCAAACUUCUGAUGGUGUGCAGUGCACGAUCGAGCAAUACUUCAAGAAACAAUACAACGUACAGUUGAAGUACCCUGGGCUCUUCACAGUUUCGGAAAGGCAUAAUCCGCACAAUUACUAUCCAGUGGAACUCCUCACCGUGGCGCCAUCACAGAGGGUAACCCUUCAGCAGCAAACACCUGAUCAAGUGGCCUCAAUGAUCAAGGCGUCUGCAACUUUACCCAGCAACCGCCUCCAUCAGACCAAAGUAAUGAAGGAAGCGCUGGAAAUUACACCUCGAAACGCUCAAUUAGCCAGCGCAGGAAUUAAUAUCGAGAAUGGAUUCACUACGGUGCCUGGUCGUGUUUUGCCGACCCCGACUAUUCUCUAUGGAGGUUCCCAGACGCUCAAGCCUGUGGACAAUUGUAAAUGGAAUGGAGAUCGCUCAAGAUUCCUUGAACCUGCACAGUUGACAAAUUGGGCAGUUUGUGCCACACUCACUCAAAAUGAUGCACGUCGUUUGCAGAUUAAAGAUUAUGUAGCGCGUGUGGAGAGUAGGUGUCGCGCUAAAGGAAUGCAAGUCGAGUCUGCGGCUGAGAUCUUCACGCUUACGAAGCAGAAUUUCGAUGGUCUACGGGAGUUCUAUGCUGCUCAAAAGAAGAAAGGUCGUAAAUAUCUCUUGUUCAUCACGUCUGACGCCAUUAAACAGCAUGAUCUAAUCAAACUUCUUGAAGUCGAAUAUCAGAUUGUAUCUCAAGAGGUAAAGGGAAGUAAAGUAGAUUCGGUAAUGUUCAAAAAUCAGAAUCAAACUCUGGAUAAUGUCAUUGCCAAGAUCAACAUGAAACUGGGUGGCAUUAAUUACAACGUUGUUUUGGGAUCAAAACCUAAUGAUCCAGCGAGCAAAUGGCUAAGCGAUAGAGAUCGACUUUUUGUGGGCUUCGAAAUAUCCAACCCUCCUGCUCUUUCGAAACUGGAAAUCGAGCGCGGCGCAACGUACAAGAUGCCAUCUGUGCUUGGAUGGGGUGCGAAUUGUGCAGCCAAUCCUCAGCACUACAUUGGUGAUUAUGUGUUCAUAAAGCCACGCCAGUCAGAUAUGAUGGGUGCAAAAUUGAGUGAGCUGAUUGUUGAAAUACUGAAGAAGUUCCGUGGUGCAACUUCGAUCGCACCUCGUCACAUCGUUCUUUACUUUUCUGGUAUAUCUGAAGGGCAGUUCAGUCUGGUCACCGACACCUACAUGAAGGCAAUUAAUACGGGAAUCACAUCCCUAUCGGCCAACUACAGGCCCAGUAACAUAUCUGGAAAUCGUGCUAACGAGCAAAAUAUCCCACCAGGGACUGUGGUCGACACUAAAAUUGUUUCGCCCGUUAUCAACGAGUUUUACCUCAAUUCGCAUUCUGCUUUCCAGGGUACUGCAAAAACGCCGAAGUACUCCUUGUUGGCUGAUGAUUCUAAGAUUCCUCUGGACGUCAUUGAGGGUAUGACUCAUGGUCUUUGCUACCUGCACGAAAUCGUUACAUCAACGGUCUCUGUUCCUGUGCCGCUUAUUGUAGCCGAUCGCUGUGCCAAACGUGGUCACAACAUCUUCAUUGCGAACUCGAACCAGGGCAGCGCAGCAGUGAACAGUAUUGAAGAAGCGAACGAGAAGUUGGUAAAUCAUGGAGAACUCGAGGAAGGUUCGCUACAAUGCGUAGAAGCUUUCGAUAUUUUUUCCGAACAAUUCACUGUCGCGCGCUGUUGA